UUUAUUGUAAUGUAUUUCCUGUUAAUGUAGAAUGGAAUCGAAAUAAAUAUUGAAAACAUUUUACCAAAGUUGUAACAAUGUUUUCUGAUCACCACUUCAAACGUUUGCUACUAUUUAUUCUAGUUUUGAUUGAACCAGGUGGUUCUCAUGUUAGUGUCUACCCAGCCAGGAGAAACGUAAGCACGAAUGACUACUUCCUCUACUUUUACGAGUUGGUUGAGGUUAUCUGUUCCUUCAAUAUUACACCUCAGACUGUCAAGUGGCACUGGAAUCUCUCCUGCGUGCACAACAUGGCGCCCUUCAUGCCAGCGGAUACAGAGACCUCUUGGGUUGAAAGUACACCCUCUCUGAGACUUGAUUGCGACGAGGUACUCAAAUGUAACUACAGACACGUCAGCAAGAUGCUCUUUCAGUACCAUGGUCAGCCCAGUUCCUGCACUGUCAACUGUUCCUGCCUUAGUAUCCUAGGCAUCCCAGUAGCCACUGCUCAUGAAGAGUUAGUCUUUAGAUCGAUGCCACCAAUAUCAGAUUUUCGAAGUUUAGAGGUGAAAAAAUGUUAUGAAGAAAUGCACUGGGAAGGACCUUCAAUUGCAACAAUAGUCUUCAUUCUGGUGAUAUCUUUAUGCCUACUACACUACAACACAUUACCUGCAAUAGAAUCUAAGGACAAGCCUAUUCGUCAUGUCUCCAAAAAGGAAAAGAAAUAUAUCAUGAAAUCUAUCUACGGUGAGGUCUGUGAUAUGAGCGCCAUUCCUGAGAGCAUUGACAGCUUCAGUGAAAUGCUAGUUACAAUGGACAGCAGCAGAGCAUAAAUUGAUAAGUGAGAAUCUCUGUAGAGCAGUGAGUUAAAACAAAAUAUCCACUGAGCAGUAAGUUAAAACACAAUAUCCCCAGAGCAGGGAGUUAACCCAUAUCCUACUUUGUACACUGGCAGUGUACGUUUCUAAAAAAUGUAUAUUAAAAAAACUCUUAAUUUUU